AUGAGCCUCCUCUCCGCUAACCGAGGCAGCAGCGAUCUCAGAAAGCUGGCCAGGAGCUUCAUGGAGCAGACGGGAGCAGAGGUACCUGCAGCCGAAGAGGUAGCAGUAGUAGAGGAUGCUGCCCCAGUGGAGGAAGCCCCAGAGAUGGAGGAACCAGCAGCAGAGGAACCACCAGCGGCAAAGGAGGCUGUGGAGACAGCCCAAYUGUCUGAGGAUGAGMCGCUCGUCGUGGAGGCGGCGAUGCUGGCAGCAGCCUCAGCCCUGGAUGUCGUGGCAGRGGAGGCGAAGGCAGCCCCGGCUGAGGAAGUCAAGGAGGCCCUCUUCACGUCAUGCCACCCUGCUUCUGAGGCUGUCCCAGUUGAGGCUGCUGUGGCAGUCACCCCCGUGGAYGUUGUAGAGGCUGCAUCUGUGGUGGAAGUAGAGGCUCCCCCUGCUGGUGUGGAGGAGGCAGUGGAGGUGACCGCGGAGGAGUGUGCCUCCGAUUGGCCUGCUGAGGUGACRGCAGAGGCAGUGGAGGAAGCCAAGGUGGAAGGUGCACAGAGUAUGAGCCUGAUGUUGCUGACAGCCCAGUCCUGACUGGAGACCAGCGAGAUGUGCCUUCUGGAACAGUCAACACCCGCAGCUGUCAAUCAAACAGGACGAUCAACAUAAAACACACACAGAAUUAGAACUGGUUGGAAUUUUAUUCUAUAAUUAUAUUAAACMAAUUAUAUUUAAAUGUUGUCUAAUGACAACAGUUGUCAACCUGGUAACUACAUUCCAGGUUCUCACUCCGUUUCUUGGUCUUGUAUUAUCCCUAUCCAUGGUGAGGUGACACUUCUGUAAGGGUUUGAAGUCUGACUUUAUUCCUAGGGUUCAGACCCAAAUGGCACCUUAUACCCUAUAUAGUGCACUACUUUUGACCAGGGCCCGUAGGGGAAUAGGGUGCCAUUUGGGACGGACUUCAACUAUUUCUCAGUACCACCCUGUUCCCCAGGGUGCCACUGUUACCAAGCUGACCAAGACCACUUGAAUGUAUUUGAAGUUACUUGAUAAAUGAUCGUGUACUUGACAURGCCUAAUGAAUUCUGARUGUAUUUWRUUUGAUUCAAUGAAAUAAGAUCUGAAUUGGUGUAUUAAACAGUCGGCUAUUAGACAACGUCUAGAUAAUUYUGUUCUUCAAAGACUGUUGGGUUAGUUCUGCAUGGAGUUUUUUUAUUCAAUCAGGGAAUAUCUAGACUGUUGGUAGACAGUAUUGUACUCAUGUGAUGUAAAAAUAAAAUGUAUUUUUCAGUCAAUAACAAUGUAAAAGCUUUGCGGGUGGGUUGGGUGGUGGGGUGGUUGUGUGACACAGUAUGGAAAGACUAGUUGUCCAAACUAUCCUGUGGUUAUAUAUUCAUGUUGCAUGUGUAUAUUUUGUAUAGAAAGACWAGUUUGAAGGUCGAAACUAACACUAUCCUGUCAUUUAUUUAAGUCAUUAUGUAAUUACUAAAAAA